AUGACUGUGCGCUCAACGCGACUCGUUAUUUCACGUUCUAGUAAUAAAAAUUGGUUAUUAAACUCAAGCGAAUUUUCGGCACUGGUCAUCUGUUUAUUCGAAUUCACAAAUAUUAAGUGUAUGCCCAUUGAUAAGGAAUUUGCUGACUUCGAUUAUUGCUACCUAAAGUCAAUAAAUCGUUCCUAUAAAUAUAUGUCAUUAAAGGUGAAACUCUUCAAAGUGCCUAUAACUAAUGUUACGGUCAUCUGUUUAUUCGAAUUCACAAAUAUUAAGUGUAUGCCGCUUGAUAAGGAAUUUGCCGACUUCGAUUAUUGCUACCUAAAGUCAGUAAAUCGUUCCUAUAAAUAUAUGUCAUUAAAAGUGAAACUCUUCAAAGUGCCUAUAACUAGUGUUACGAUACGUUAUGCAUUAUUAAAAAAAGAGAGCGGUUAUAAACCUUUUUUGUAUAAUAUAUCUCUAGAUGCUUGUGAAUUUUUGAAAUCACAGAAAAAUCCAGUUACGAAAUACUUUCACAGCUUUUUUCGAGAACAUUCUAACAUGAAUCACACGUGUCCUUAUGAUCACGAUUUAAUUGUGGAGAAAUUGAAUACGAACUUCUUGAAUUCUAGAUUUUUAGUCUUACCAUUUCCGAGUGGAGAAUACGCUCUUUAUACAACGUGGAUUGCUUACAAUAUUCCUCGAGCCGAUGUUUAUGAAAUCAAUACUAACAUCACAGAUAUAAUGCGUGGCUCGGAUUUACGCGUUUCGGAUUACGCAUGGGAAAUUCACAAAGUCACGCAAAAUAAAUGCGUUAUCAUGUAA